GGAUGAGAAAACAAGCUCCCCUCUCAAACAGAUCUAGGUAUCAUCAAUCAUUAUCGUCGGAGCAUUCAUCCAAACUACAACUACAGCGUGCCUGAAAAUACUGCACUCCAUACUCCACUCCACUUCUCUUCUAACACCUUGGUGCUUGCGCGUCGUGUUCUGGCCUAACACCUUGGCGCUUGCCCGUCGUAUUCUGGCCUAACUCCUUGGUGCGUGUCUGUCUUAUUCAGGCCGUGUCCGAGGCCUUUUACCUCGUAUCCGGCCACUGUUUGCAAGCGUCAGUCACGUGAUUUUUCACCAGGUUUAGCUUGUCUAUGCUUCUUCCGCUCUGGGCUGAAUAGAUUGAACUUGAGCGCUCAUUAUGAGCUCAACAAACAUCAUUGACUUAUGUAGAGAUGAAGAUCUCGAAAGGUAUACAAAAACUGUUAAACUGGAGCCAGGUUUUGCUGGAAGGUCAAUGUCACAGAAGGAUGAUUUGAAAAAUGACAUAAUGCUAUCCAAAGUAAAUUCUAGAGAGAACCAAACAUCUGGGGCUAUUUACGCCAGACAGGGUAGUGGAAGCGGUUUAUGUCAAGAACAGUCUGCUACAGAUGAUUCAAGCCUCUGUUCCAUAUCUCCGAUAUGCUCAGCACCUCUUGUUCGGCAGUUUUGGAAAGCUGGAAACUAUGACGGGGGACUUAAUUCAAAGCCUACCCAUAAAAAUGGUACCAGUUACUUGCACAUCCAUCCAAAGUUCUUACAUUCAAAUGCUACAUCACACAAAUGGGCAUUUGGCGCCAUUGCAGAGCUGCUUGACAAUGCUAUUGAUGAGAUACAAAAUGGGGGCACCUUUGUUGUAGUAGAUAAAAUAGUAAAUCCAAGGGAUGGAAGAUCUGCUUUGUUAAUUCAAGAUGAUGGGGGUGGAAUGGACCCUGAAGCAAUGCGUCAUUGUAUGAGUUUCGGAUUUUCAGAUAAGAAGUCAAAGUCAGCAAUCGGACAGUAUGGAAAUGGUUUUAAGACGAGUUCCAUGAGACUUGGAGCAGAUGUUAUUGUCUUCAGCCGCUCAAGGAAAAGAAAAAUGACACGAAGCAUUGGGCUUUUAUCUUACACAUUUUUGGCACAAUCUGGCCUUGAUAGAAUAGUGGUUCCAAUGAUUGACUAUGAGUUCAAUUCAACAGAUGGCACAUGGAAUUCAAUACACACUGAACAAUAUUUUGCAACUAAUCUUUCUCUGUUAUUGAAGUGGUCACCAUAUUCAACAGAGGAGGAUCUUCUCUGUCAGUUUGUUGACAUUGGUGAUCAUGGCACAAAGAUCAUUAUCUACAAUUUAUGGUUGAAUGAUGAAGGGAAAACAGAGCUCGACUUCAACUCUGAUCCUGAGGACAUUCGUAUUUGUAAUUAUACAAGCAAUAUGGAGAAGGGUCCUCGUGCAUCUUUAAAUGAUGAACAUCUUGCCAACCGUCUCCGUUUUUCAAUGCGUGCAUACCUAUCCAUUUUGUACUUGCGAGUUCCUGAAAACUUUUGUAUUGUGUUACGUGGGAGCUUAGUUGAGUAUCAUAAUAUUGCUAGUGAACUCAAAUAUCGGCAAUGUAUCUUGUAUAAACCAUCAAGUGGUGGAGUUUGUGAGGGUGAAAUCAUUACGACAAUUGGGUUCCUAAAAGAGGCCCCAUUGGUGAACCAUCACGGUUUCAACGUCUACCACAAAAACCGUUUAAUACUGCCAUUUUGGCAUGUUGUCAGCUAUUCUGACAGUAGAGGCAGAGGGGUUGUGGGUGUUCUGGAGGCCAACUUUAUUCAGCCAACACAUAAUAAACAAGACUUCGAGAAAACUCCCCUUUUUCAAAAGCUUGAAGCACGAUUGAGGGAAAUGACGUUAGAGUACUGGGAUUAUCAUUGUGGACUUAUUGGUUACAUGAGACCAAAGAAGAAAAUUCAAGCACCAAAGCCGCCCCAGGUUACACCUGAAUUUCGUCAGAAGCAUGGUACAUAUCAGGCCGUGUCAAUGACUAAAAACUCUUCUAGUGUAGCUGGUACAAAAGUGUCAUCAAGGCUUGACAAUCUGCCAAGAACUUUUCAUCAUAACUUUCAACAAGUGCCACUAAUACCUACUAAAAGGAAAGACCGCAAUCACCCAAAUGAAGCUGAAAAUGUGAAGCAAAAGGAGGCCAGGCAACUGCCUGCUGGUGGUGCUAGUUACUUGGGAAGUGAAGAGGCUGAAAACAAAAAACUACGUGCUCAGUGUUUGCAUCAUGAGAAAAAUGUGGAAGAGCUUAAUGCCAAGGUAAAUCUGCUAAGGAAGCAUUUAAGAGAAACACAGAAGAUGUACGGUCGAUUGCUGCUCGAGUUGAAGUUAUUGGAAAAGACCAAAGGGGAAGUAGGAUAACACGCUCGCACAGAUGUGUGUGUGUGUCUGUAGUGUGUAGUGAGGGGAUUUAGAUCGGGUGCAGGGGAGGGGGGCCUUUCAUUUUUGCGUUUGGCAUUGAUCUCUUUUGUAAAUGGUUACUGUAUUUCAGUUAAUUAAUGCCAGUUAGAAACUUAGAAACUUCGCAGGCUACUAACGGAUCCCUAAUGUUGUGUAUUGUUCACUGUAGUUCCAGGCUUCCAGGCUCCAGCCCCCCUCCCCCCCAAAAGAAAAUCAGAACUGGUAAAUUUCGUUGUGUUGGAAUUCAAAAGAGCAAAGUUACUAAUACUGUACGUUUGAUUCCU